CGCCAGUGGACCUUUCACCUUCAGUCCCAGUGGAGAGCGAGCAGAGAGAGGACGGAGGCGAAGCUGUCAGCGUAUCCAGGCCCAAAUCCCAGCGCCUCACACAGCGCAGAUGACCCCAAAGGGAGGGCCUUGGAGCCGCUUGCUUCCUAAGUUCCUAUUCAGACAAUGAUCAUUUGAUUCCCUCCUCUCUUUCUCCCUCGCCCCUUUUCUUUUCCAAGGUACCGGCACACCCAACAACGGGUGACAGGGACGCCGGACUGGAACCUUGCGUCUGUAUCCCUCUCAAAGUGCCUUUGCUGAUGCUGGUGUCGUCUUUUUUAAAAAAAAAAAUUCUUACUACUGUAUUUUCCAUUAUUGUUUGCUUAUUUUUUUAGGCCAUUUAGGGCUGUCGGUGAUGCUCGCUGUUGAUUUCAUUUUCAUUAUAUUUUGCAGUUCAUAGGAUGGAGUGGCAGUGACAUUUUCUCUUAUGAUAGCUAAGCAAUCCGACUGCCCACGUUACAUGCUCUAUAAUUUUCUUUAUAUUUGCACAUCGUGAGAUGAUCAAGUGGAUGAAGACUGAAAUAUUAAGCAAAGGACACCGUGCACAAUUUCUUAUAUCUUUAAACCUCAAGAAUAAUUUUUUAAACACAAUAAAGGCCAAAGCAGCUUUCUUCAGGAUUUGGAACAAAGCUGUGCUUUUCUUUUGUGCUCCUAAAAGCAUGAAUUUCUCCUCUGUCUGAAAGAACGGAAAAGUAUACUUUUCUUUUGGGCCCGAAAUUCACAAGAUAAAAAUGAUUUUGACGGCCAUCUUUGCCCCUAAACCCAGCCGAAAAACGAUUACUAACCACCAGUAUAUAUCCCUACACGCAGCACCACCAUUGUGGAUAAGGCUCUGUCCGUGCGCUAGUUAAUUACUACUACUAAUCGUACCGCGCCGCCGGCCGCCGCCGCCGCAAACGUACGCCGCUCCGCCACUACCACGGUACCACCACAGCCAUAUCAUCGCAGGAGCACGCGCGCCACGCGGCGAACCAGACGUCCCACGAUGACCAAUCUGGCAACGACCGCGGCGGCGUGGACCAGGGAGGAGGACAAGGCGUUCGAGAACGCGGUCGCGGCCACCGCGGCGCCGCCCGGGGACGGGCCGCCUGACGACGGCUGGUUCACGGCGCUCGCCGCGAGCGUGCCGGCGCGGACGGCGGAGGAGGUGCGGCGGCACUACGAGGCGCUGUUGGAGGACGUGGCCUCCAUAGAGGCCGGCCGCGUCCCGCUCCCGCGCUACGCCGGGGAGGAGUCCGCCGCCGCGGCGCCCGACAGCGCCGCCGGUGCUGCGUCCACGCCGAAGGACGGCGGCGGCGGAGGGGGGCACCGGCGCGAGGAGCGGAAGAGCGGCGUCGACGUGGGGAAGAGCUGCUCCAAGGCGGAGCAGGAGCGGCGCAAGGGCAUCCCGUGGACGGAGGAAGAGCACAGGUUAUUCUUGCUGGGGCUGGACAAGUUCGGCAAGGGCGACUGGCGGAGCAUCUCGCGCAAUUUCGUCAUGUCGCGGACGCCGACGCAGGUGGCGAGCCACGCGCAGAAGUACUUCAUCCGCCUCAACUCCAUGAACCGCGACCGGCGCCGCUCAAGCAUUCACGACAUCACCAGCGUCACCGCGGGCGAGGUCGCGGCGGCCGGCGCCCCGAUCACGGGCGGCCCCGCCGCCGCAGGCGCGAUGCCGAUGGGGCCAGCAGGCAUGAAGCACCACCACCCGCCGGGGCCGCCGAUGGGCAUGUACGGGCACGCGCCCAUGGGCCACCCCGUCGCCGGCCACAUGGUGGCGCCCGCGGCCGUCGGCACGCCCGUCAUGUUCCCGCCGGGUCACUCGCCAUACGUCGUGCCGGUGGGCUACCCGGCGCCACCGGCCAAGAUGCACCAAUGAUCCCGGCCCUUACCUGCACGAUCUCGAUGCACUUCUUCUUGCUCAUGCUUUUGCACAUCUGCAAAGCUGCAAUUGUUUGCCUUUGUUCUUUCUUGAUUUCUGUUCAUCUUGUGUAGCCAAAGCCAUCCACCCAUCCUUCCCUGAUCUCCCAUUGAUGUAACAUAGAUGACUUGAGAGAGUGCAGGGUAGGCAGGCGAAUAAUAAGUAUCUGCUGACUGUUGCAAGAGCUACUUAUAAUCACACCCAGGGAGGCUCCAGAAACGUGUAAUUAGCAUUUAGCAGCAGCCUUCCAGGGUGCAUUGGUCUAUCAUUUGUGCAGAGUUGGGGAUUGAUGGAUUCCAUUUAGUGGAUGUAAAUUGAUUGCAUAUAUCUCAUUUGUGCAGAAAGAUAUAUUGAUCGCCACAUUACAUUUACC